AUGGGUUUGAAGACGCGUCACGAGGAUGAUGAUCCGAAGACAAAGGCCUAUCGUCUUAUCGGAUAUGCCGCUGUUACAUUUUCGGCAGUCUCAGUUCUCUGUUUCUGUGUCACAAUGCCAGUUGUCUUCACGUAUGUCCAAUCAGUGAAGCGUCAGAUGUCUCAUGAAAUGGCCACGUGUAAUGUGAAUGCUCGUCAAAUUUUUGAUGACGUUGCAGCUCUGAAAGCCGGUUUCCCAUUCGCCCCAGCUGGAAACCGUACCGCCCGUCAAGCUGGAUACGAUGGACAUCCAAGCAAACCAGCUGGAUCCUAUGGAGGAGAUUCUGAAGUGAAGGGAAACAGUCCAGGAGCCCAAUAUGGAGAUGAUAAGCCAUUUGUAGCUGUUGGAGUUGAAGAUGGACCACAUACCGCCACUGUUACCGCUGACCAUGAGGGUGCCUGUAACAGCUGCUGCCUUCCAGGACCACCAGGACCACCGGGACCACCAGGACGUCCAGGACCAAACGGAAAGGCGGGAGCUAACGGACUCAAUGGAAACCCAGGACGUCCUCCAGAGGCACCAUGCGAGCCAGUGACUCCACCACCAUGCAAACCAUGUCCAGCAGGACCAAAGGGACCACCAGGACCAGCUGGAUAUCCAGGAGCUGAUGGACAACCGGGAGUGCAAGGAGAAAAUGGAGAGAAGGGACCUGAUGGAGGUCCAGGAGAUAAGGGAAGAUGUGGAUCACCAGGAAAGGUUGGAGAGCAAGGAGCCACUGGAGAGAAGGGAGAGAAUGCGGAGAACAAUGAGCCGGUGCCUGGACCAAAGGGACCGCCAGGACAACCAGGACCACAAGGACCACGUGGAACUCCAGGACAUCCAGGCGAGGAUGGAGAGCCAGGAGCCGGAGGACCACCAGGAGAGAAUGGAACCGAUGGGGAGAAUGGAGAGGAUGGUGUUCCAGGUGUUCCAGGACACGAUGGAAAGCCAGGAAGAGCUGGAGAACGCGGAAUUUGCCCCAAGUAUUGUGCCAAGGAUGGAGGAAUCUUCUUCGAGGAUGGAACUCGUCGUUAA